UGGGGCGGGAGCGGCGUCCUUGGAAACGGAGCGGGAUCCAGAGGGAUUGACCGGGAUUGACCGGGAUCGAGCGGGAUCCAGAGGAUCACUGCUGGGAAAAAUGACAGCUGGCUCUGUCUCAGCUCCUCAGAUCUUCCCACUUCGAAUCCCACCUCCUGGGAAAGCUCAGCGGGAAAUAGACACAAAUACUCUCAUAGAAAUAAAAUCAGAUACACCUGAGGCCUCUAUUUAUUACACUUUAGAUGGAAGUAAACCAGAAGUCAGUAGGAAACCUGGCUAUGGGCCUUAUAACACCUUGGAGUAUAAGGGUCCUAUCAUGUUACCAGAGGGGAGAAUAAUGGUCAAAGCCCUGGCAGUUACAAAGGACUACAGAGAGAGUUCAAUUGUGACAAAGGUGUUUGUGGUAGAGUACCAGCAACCAAACUUCCUUUUCCCUGUUGAAGAUGAUGACAAGAAUUUCCUGAAAGAUAUGGCCAUACAGAAUAAGGAAGGUGGAACAUUUACUACAAAACCUAAGAAGAAUAGACUGAAUGUGGAAAUCAAGCCUGCCUGGGAUGAAACAUCCCAAGACCUUCAAGACAGAAAGUCUUCUCACAGAUCCCCUCAAGGGCCUCAGCUCCUUGCCAGUGGUUUGGGAGCCACAGAGCACAGAGAGGAAUCCACCUCAGCACAGCAAAUGGAGUCACUGCAGUUUGCAAGUUCCUCUACAGUGACUGUCCAGAAAAGUUUAGUGAGCACACACAUGUCAAGGAUCCAGAGUGAAACAGAUUUCCUUAAAUGUGCACAUUGUUCUGCCCCUCGCCUGUCUGAGCCCUUGGCUCACUUCUGCCAGAAAUGUGGAUCUCCUGUCCCCCCUGUGCCAUUCCAGCGCUUCCCAGUCCCCGAAGGAACACAGAUGGCACCAUGCCUUGAAUGCAGACAUCUUGUGCCAAUGAAUACACCCACUUGCAUUAUCUGUGAGGCACCAAUAGCUCCACAGCUGCAGCCCCAAACCAACAUCUGCAUUAAGGGCAAAGUCAUCUGUCAGGUGUGUGGCACAGGAAAUCCUCUUCACCAUAAGCACUGUGCAACUUGUGAGAGCAAACUGCCUGAAGUACAGAUGCCCACGUUUGGAGGAGACUGGUGCCCAUCUCUGCAGGGCCAGCCAGGGCAGACGGCUCGGUGCUCCAAGUGCGGCGGUGUGAACCGGAGCGACGCCCGCUUCUGUGCCUGGUGUGGGGCCAAGCCUGGACCUCCUCCAUCCUACUUUGCUUGUUCCAAGUGUGGGACCAGCAACCAGCCCUAUGCUCGCUUCUGUGUGUCCUGUGGUGUGUACAUAGAGCCCCCAUCCAGACAGAGCUCUCCUGGCACUCCCAUGGACCGUGGGCACCUCCUGGCAUCCUCCCAGGCAAAACUAUUACAGGCUCAAGUUGCCUGGCAAACUUGUCCUGUUUCCUUGCCCAAAUCAAGGGCAGAACUAACAGAAAGAGAAGAUAAAGGAACCCAAACCAUUGGACUUUUUUACCCAUCCAGCAAACUGUUGGAAAAGAAGGAGCUUGAGCUGAUUUCACAAAAAGAAAAGGUGGAAAAGAUGAGUGAUCAUAAGCCUCUCCUGACAGCCAUUAGUCCUGGAAAAGGUUACUGGAGAAAACAGCUGGAUCAUGUUUGUGCUCAUUUAAGAAGCUAUGCCCAGAACAACCCUGAAUUCAGAACACUGAUUGGAGAACCUCAAAUGGGAAAGAUCAACUAUGCCACCAUCUCUGAAGAUGACUGUGAAGUCACUAUUACAUUGAAUUUUGCUGCUGUUUACAAGAAUAUUCAUCCUAACAGAGCAGUGAAGCUCAGCAAUGAUUAUCUGAGGGCUGGAACAGAAGUCACAGAUGGACAGGAUGGCAGUCAGACUAAUUUUGGCAGAGAUGAUCCCAAUGUUUUCCAUUCAAGAGGCAAAAUAAAGAGAACCAAGUCAAGAACACUUAUGGGAAAGGAAUCUAGGCUCUCUGCAGAAUCUGGCCCACCUGCUUGCAUUUUCCCUGUGUGCAAUGUUCCUGGCUGUUGUGUGUCUCCACAGCCAGAGUCCAGACAGCUGCUGGAUGAACUGGGUCAGACUGGGAAAGGAAGAAUCUCCUUCAUAGAACAGUUGCUCAGUGAUGGAGCUGACCCCAACUCCCUGAGCCAGGAGGAGCGCCCUGCCCUCACAGUUGCUGUCCUGAACAAGCACACAGGAGCCAUCUCCCCUCUGGUGCAGAAAGGGGCUGACAUUGACCAGCAGUCAGGGCCGCACAACAACACAGCUCUCCAUGAGGCAGUUCUGCUGGGACUGGAGGGAGAGGAGAGCGUCCGGGCCCUGUUAGGCUGCAAUGCAAGCGUGCAAAAGAAGAACGCAGCAGGGCACUCAGCGCUGGAUUUGGCUGUUGCAGCUGGAGAUAACAAGGUUAUUUCACUGUUCCAAGUAAGUGGGGAUAGAGAGCACUGAACAGACUUACGUGACACAGGAACAUUGUUCUCAUCAAUGUGUUAUUACAGCAAAGUUCUUCCCCAAAUAAAGUUGAAGGUUCUUGGACUUUGGGAGCACCUGACCACGUGUGUCCAGUUCUGUCUGCAGAAUCCACGACCCUGUCUGAUCAGCUUGGGCCCUGCAACAGUCAAACCGUUUCUCCAAGAUUGCCCCAUUCCUUUCCAGCAGUUCAGAGCACAAUCCCCCUCUGGCUGCACUCUAUUGUGCAAAUUUUCUUUUCCUUUCCAAGCAAAGGGACAAACCAAACCUUCCCAGGCACAAAUGCAUUUCAAUGUCUCUGAAAUGUCUGUAAUGCCUGAUGAACACUGACACUUGAGCAACAGCACUGCAAGCUGUAACUGAUGAGCUUAAUUUCCUUUUUGAUGUUAAAACUGCAGCCCAUUGCAGUAAAGGUCAGAGUCUUGUCCUCCAGAAAAUUGAGUAAAGCUACUUUGUUGUUCUGCCUUCAGCUUUUAUUUAUAAAUGCAUCAACACAAGACAGCAGCCAACUACAAACAGAAAUUUACAAGAAUACCAGGCACAUUAAGGUGUGGUAUAACUCCAAGUUAUAAGCCACAAUCCUAAAACCUCAAAGUAUUUUUAAAACUCCUUCUCCUUUCUAUGUCCCAAAGCAUCUAAAAGCAUCAGAAAAUUCAGUACAAACAUGGAAAUGCAUGUCAGCUGCUAUCAGAAAUACAAGUUUUAGCACCAGAGCUACUACUAUCUUUAUUAGACAACAAUAUCUCCAAGCAGGUGGAUUUACAAAAAAAA